UCUAAGAGAGCACUGUCGUUACGCAAUGUGGUCUGCUGCCUACGUAGUAGCUAUAGGCCUCGUCCUCUGUACAGCACAGGAGGCCGACUACGCCACUGUGCGGGUGUCUGGAGGUCUGGUGCGGGGCUACAGGACGACCAGCGUCCGCGGCACGCCCUACUGGAACUUCCAGGGCCUGCCCUACGCUGCUCCUCCAGUGGGGCUCUUGCGAUUUGCGGAGCCGCAGCCGGCAGCCAGCUGGGAUGACGUCAGGAACGCCACGGAGGAAGCGCCCCAGUGUCUGCAGGUGGGCGACGCUGGUGACGUAGUCGGCGAUGAAGACUGCCUCUACCUCAACGUAUACACGCCAGAGCUGAACGCUGAUGUACCAAGAACGGUGAUGGUGUGGAUUCACGGAGGAGGUUUCGUGGGAGGUUCACCUUCCAAAUCAGAGUACGGGCCAGACUUCUUCAUGGAUCGGGACGUGGUCGUCGCCAGCAUCUCCUACCGAUUAGGUACAUUGGGCUUCCUGAGCCUGGAGGACGAGGUGCUGCCGGGUAACCUGGGCCUCAAGGACCAGGCGGCGGCGCUGCGGUGGCUGCGAGACAACGUGGCGGCCUUCGGCGGCGACCCGGCUGCCAUCACGCUCUUCGGCCACAGCGCGGGCUCUGCUUCGGUUGCUCUGCACGUGCUGUCGCCACUGUCCGCAGGGCUGUUCUCACGCGCCAUCGCGCAAAGCGGUCCGCCCGUGGGGUCGGUGACCUUGACGACCGGCGCCCGCGACAAGGCGUUCCGCCUCGCCAGGCUCCUUGGUUACCAGGGAAACGACUCCCAGCAGUUCCUCGAUCUGCUCCGUGCUGCCGACGCGAAAGACUUGGUCGACGUGGAUGAUCGCAUUCUCACAGAAGAGGAGAAGAUGCGCUACAUCCAGUUCGCAUUCGUUCCUAUCGUGGAGCCAGCGCUGGCGGGUGCCUUCCUGCCGGAACCCCCACAGACGCUGGCCAGGGAGGGCCGCUUCAACCAGGUGCCCUUCAUUACCGGCGUCACCACAGCCGACGGCAACAUGCUGCUGCCCAUGCUGGAAGACCCACAAUGGCUGGAAACGCUGAACACAAACCUGUCGGCCGUCCUCAGCGGUGACUUCCGGGACGUGGACACACCUGAGGAGCAGCAGGACCUCGCCUCCAAGGUCAAGGACUUCUACUUUGGAGCCGGCAAUAACAUCACAGACACACCUGAGGGUCUCCUCAAUGCGUCUAUGAUGUUCACGGACAUCAAAUUCGCCGAGCCGACGGAUUCCAUAUUGCAUCUCAUGGCCAACGCAUCCUCACAGACUUUUUACUACUAUCAAUUUGCCUACAGAAGUCCGAAUACGCCCUUGCCGCAGUAUCCAGGAGUGGCUCACGGAGCAGAAGUGCAGCUGGAGUUCAUGAGAGAAAACACCACUGCUGACCUGGACCCAGACUCUGAAGACGGUCGCGUCAGAGACAGAUGGGUUAACAUGCUGACGGAUUUCGCGAAGUACGGGGACCCAAUGGCCAACACGACAGGCGUGUGGCAGCCCUUCACGCGCACAUCGAGUUAUUACCUGAUAGUCAACACGACGGAUUCCUUGGGCCAGAACAAGGACGAGCAGCGGAUGGAGUUCUGGCGGCAAAAUAUGCCACUCUGACAUCUAAAUUUCUACAGUCUGCAACGUGAACACCGGACAUGACGCGUCUACGCAGUGAAUCCUGUGAAUUUUGUUGUACAUA